AUUUUGCAGAGAGGGACUGACUGAGUGAGCAGCGUGAAAUGCGUGGAAACGGAUAAAAACACGCACAAAUAAAACUGGGAUGUGGGCGAGUCAAUAAGCUGACAGUUCUGAAGAAGACGGGAAAGUCGCCGCUGCGUUUGGAGCCUGAGUCAGAGCGGAGGAGAAAAGAGCCAGGGCAGCAGUCUGUUAGAGGAGGAGAAGGACGCAGUGUGGGCGGGUUAAGAAACGCCGAGAGGGAAGGGAGGGCAUGCCAGCGUAAUAUUCCCACCACUUGUCUUCUUCCUACCGACUGAGGAAAAAGGGGCCUCCGUCUCCAUCUCCAUCCACCUUCAUCCCACAGGCGGAGCUUUGGGUUUGCUGUCAGGAGCCGACUUGAUCUGGAGCGAAGCGGCAGGGGCGUGAGAGGCGGAUGCUGCGAGUGUAGAAGCAGGGUACCAACCACAACGAUGGACAGAAUGAAUUUUCUCUCCUUCCUCCUCCUUUGCUUGACUUCGGUUGCCACUUGCAACAAAGCCAAUAAGCACAAGCCAUGGAUCGAGACAGAGUACCAGGGGAUUGUCAUGGAGAACGACAACACCGUCCUGCUCAAUCCCCCUCUCUUUGCUCUGGACAAAGAUGCUCCACUUCACUAUGCUGGUGAAAUCUGUGGCUUUCGGGUUCAUAAUGGCCCCUCUGGCUCUGGUUCAGUCCAGUUUGAAGCCGUGGUUCUGGAUCGCUCUACCGGUGAGGGUCUGGUCCGGUCAAAAGAGCCACUGGACUGUGAGAGCCAGCGGGAGCACAGCUUUACCAUCCAGGCUUAUGACUGUGGCGAAGGACCUGAUGGAGUCAACAGCAAGAAAUCACACAAGGCCACUGUACAUGUUCGUGUGAACGACGUCAACGAGUUCUCCCCGGUGUUUGUGGAGCGUCGCUACGAGGCUUCAGUCCCAGAGGGCCGUCUGUUUGACAGGAUCGUGCGGGUGGAGGCUCUGGAUGCCGACUGCUCCCCGCAGUACAGCCAGAUCUGCUUCUAUGACAUCAUCACUCCCAAUGUGCCCUUUGCUAUUGACAACGAUGGUAACAUUAAGAAUACAGAGCCUUUGGAUUCCAAGCAGCAGCGUGUUCACACCUUCUGGGUGACCGCCUUUGACUGUGGGAAGAACCGUGCGCAGGCUGAUGCCCAGGUUGUUGUCACGGUUAAGCCGUCCUGCAAACCCGGCUGGACUGGAUGGACAAAGCGUGUGGAGUACACACCCGGAUCAGGCAGCAUUCCCCUGUUCCCCAGCCUGCAUUUGGAGACCUGCGAAGAAACAGUGUGGAACAUCCAGGCCACCGUAGAACUUCAGACCGGCCAUAUUGGGAAGGGAUGUGACAGAGACAGCUACUCUGACCGAUCUGUUCGCCGACUCUGUGGUGCCGUCAGGGGCGAAGUGGACCUCCUCCCACCUCCGUCUCCGGCAGCCAACUGGACUGCAGCUCUUCCCACUCUCCCUUCUUCUGAUUCUUCUCUGGUCUUCUCUUUUAACGGGUCGAAUCACGUUGCAGUGGUUCCCAACUCAGUUGUGUCCGCUCUGUCAGGUGACCACUUCACCCUCCAGCUGUGGAUGCGUAGGGGUGGCGCCAACAUCCAGCCUUCAACUACUCAGUCCAGAGCAAAUCGCAAGGACGAGGAAACUAUUGUGUGCAGCACAGUAAAGAAUGAUGACUCCUACUCUCAUUAUUCGCUUUCCGUCCACGGCUGCCGCCUUUCCCUCUUCUACUGGCCCGAUGUCUCAGCUGCACGGCCCGUCAAGUUCCUCUGGAAGCUGGAACAGGUGUGUGACAGUGAAUGGCAUCAUCUAUCCCUCAGCGUCCAGUUCCCAUCAGUGACGCUAUAUGUGGAUGGGGUCACCUUUGACCCCGCCCUCAUCCAUGACAACGGAGCCAUCCCGAACCCUGCGCCCCGUCAAAGGAUGCUCAUCGGUGCUUGCUGGGAGCCUGAAGAGAAGCAGAAGGAGAUACUAAACAACACCAUCCCAGAGGGGAAAGACUCAGUGAAGUACGUAGGCGGUUACCAUGGCCUGCUGUCAGGGGUGACGGUGCGUCCUGGCAGUGUGGAGCCUCAUAGCGUGGUGGAGUGCCUGUACGCCUGCAGGGAGGGCUUGGACUUUGGCGACCUGGAAACUCUUGGUUCUGGGAUGAAGGUCCACGUUAACCCAAGUCAGUCUGUCCUGGUGCUGGAGGGAGAUGACAUCGAGAGCUUCAACCGGGCUGUUCAGCAGGUCACUUACAGGAAUUCGCUGCGCUUCGCCACCCCUGGAGUCCGUCCCCUCAAGCUCACCACUUCCCUCAGAUGCUUCAAUGAGGAAAGCUGCCUUUCCCUGAAACAGCUGGAGGGUUACCUGGUUGUUCUUCAACCUGAUGCCCCCCAGAUCUCUCUGUCUGGGGUUGGUCCACAUCUGGCCCGUCCAGCCCCUGAGUUUGAAGGACCCCGCGGCGUUCCCCUUUUCCCUGAGCUCCGGAUCGUUUGUUCACUGUCACACGCUGUCAACACGGCUGCACAGGGGAUGGAAGGCGGGGCUCUGAUGUCUGAUGCUGUGGCUCACACUUUGGAUGGAUGUGAGGUGCAACCCCUGGGAGAGGAACUGAAUCCAGAGAGGGAGGAGCUUCUGGUAGACAUGGAUGUUGUGCGAGAACGAGGACUGGAAAUCAUCAAUACUACUGCUUACAUCGCAAUUACAGGUGCUGAAUCCAUCUCUGUUUACGAGGACGUCCUCCGCUCCGUCCGAUACCGCCUGGCCAAAGGCUCUGCUCGCUUCGAGAGGCGGUUCCGCCUGUCAUGCUCUGAGAUGAAUGGCAGAUACACAAGCAAUGAGUUGACUCUGGAGGUGAACUUCCUCCAUUCUUUGGACAGUCUAUACCAACCUUCCCACCUGCUGGCCUCACAGCAGCAGUUUCUCCAUCCAUCUCAUCAUUCUGGAGAGCUGAGUGGGCACACCUUGCCAAACCCACAUCGCAACUCAGUUGUUCCAGGAGCAGCCACUGUCAUUAUUAUGGUCUGCGUGGGUUUCCUGGUUGUCAUGGUGAUCCUUGGCGUCUUCCGAAUUCGCUCCAUCCAUCGCCGAGGUGAAGGCGCCAGGGGCGGGGCUAAGGAGGGCAGCAGCCAAUGGGACGACUCAGCACUCACCAUUAUUGUCAACCCAAUGGAGUCCUAUGAGUCUCGUUUGGGUGUUUCUGCCGACACGGAGGGAGAGGGAGAGGAGGAGGAGGAAGAAGAGGUAGCGGAAUCCCCUGAUGAGGCAAGCGACGACCAGCGAAUCAUCAUCAAGAAAGAGGGCAGAGACGGAAACGCCCGUCGCUACUGAGCCGCACUGUAUCUCUCCAUAAAUCAGCUCCCCAGUCAUACACUCCGACACUUUUAAUAUCAAACUGACGGCACUAGUAUAAGGAAUGUAUGCUUACAAACACUUCGCACAACACAAUCACCGUAAUACUCUUGACGCUCAAAUGCCAUAUGUGACCUAUAGCCGACAACAGGCUGUUGUUCUCCACCUAAAUGUUCAAUGGCACAAUGUAUACAGUUAAUGUAAUUUACCCGCCUAAAUAAACCCCACCAGAAUCGUAUGUGGUGCACUAGUUCUAAAUCCCAAAAUGGUGUCUGUAUAGUGUAAUGCUGGUUGAAAGGGACUGUUUUAUUAUAAAGAAAAAUAUUGAUUGUAUUCUAUCCUUCACUGAAUGAAAAGAAUGAAGCAAAAUGUCAGCGGGAACAAGGCUCUGAGUCGAUUCUUAAGCAAAGACACAAUCCUUGAUCCUGACACAUCUUUUAACCUCUUUAUUAGACUCAAAAAGUCUGUGCACAAGCUCUCUUCUCCCUUUUUGUGUCAUCUAUUCUAUACACCGAGUGAAGGUUAGACAUUAUGCUUGGUAACAUAAAUAUCCAAAAAAAAAAAAACACCUCUAUCUCCUUGCAGUUUUAUUUCCAUUCAUGUUAUAAAGUGGAUCUGAAAGUUGCAAACAUCCCCUUUUACAAAAGUGUAUUCAAACCCUUUUCUACCAUUGUCCUACAAUAAAAUUAAAAUAACAAACAAGGUAAUUAAAAGUACAACAAAGUGAGAGAUGUGUAAUAACCUGGUUGGAUAAGGGAUUCAAUCCCUUAUCUAAUAAAUUUUCGAAUUUAUUUAUUUUAUUUUAUUUUUCUAAUUUGAUGUCAAAAUUAAGUCAGUCGUAUCUUGAGCCGCCUAAAGAUUUUGCUGAGGAACAUCUAAAACUGGUUGGAAAACAAUUCCAUCUUGAAAAAGCUCUGCUUGAUUAUAAAUUGCCCCUCCACCAUGCUGCCACCACCAUGUCUCACUGUGGUUUUGGUGUUUCUUUGCUGUUGCACAGUACCAAAAAAAUAAAAGUUUGAAAUAUUGAAAAGAAAUUAGGUUGUUUAAUUACUUUUAAACCCAUAUAUUAAACAAUACAUUUAUACAUUUAGAUGCUUUUAAAACUUUUUACAAACUAAGGUUUAAUUUGUAUCCAAGGGAGGCAAAUAAAAUCUCUCUAUGACAGCUGAGCUUUAUUUCUUAUUUACCAUCAAUAACAGGUAGAGAAGAAAUUUUGAAAUUGAAGUGAAAUGUUACUCAACAAAGUGAUUUUUCCGGGUUCAUGAAAGUAACCAGGUUGUCGCAGCUUCUUAAUUUUCCUUGAUUUUAGUCAUAUUUACAAAAUAAACAACACAGUAAAAAUGUAGAUAAAGAAUGGGAAUAAUCAGGGUCCUAAAAACUUGGCUAUUUUCAAGGGGAUGAACACCUUUGAGAUCCAAUUUAAGACUGAUUUACUUUGCAGUAUUCUGUCUGGAGCUCCAGAUAA